AUGGCGAUCAACUUUUCCGCCUCGUUUGCCGCCUGCCUGGCGGCCGGCCUGAAAGUGCCCCGACAGAUCAUGUACUGCAUCUCGCAGGACACGGCACCGUACGUCCUGUACAAGGACUCGCAGGAGGCGGCCGAGCGAGGGGCCGCAGCGGCCGCCGCCGCGCAGUGGGGCAACGGUGAUGGUGGCGGGCCCGUGUACCCGUCGGCCGCCGCCAUCCAGCAGAACGCCCAGAACCACCUGCAGGCCCACAUGAACGGGGCCACCCAGCAGCAGCUGGUGGCUGCGGCUGCCGCAGCGGCCGCCCAUCAUCACCAGCAGCAGCAGCAGCAGCAGCACCAUCAAACUUCCGCCAACAACAGCCCUCCGAAUCAGGACGUAAGGCCUCCGCAACCGGGUGAGCAAGCGAAUGGUCAUCUACACAGCCCCGCCACCAGCCCGUAUCCGGCGAAUAACGGUCCAGACAUUGAAGAAGACUUGAUCAAAGUACAAAGUAUGCAACAACCCGUUCAGCACCAGCAACCGAACGGUCAGUUGGUCCAGCAGCAGCAGCAGCAGCAACAGCAACAGACCAACAACUCACCAACGACGCAGAGCCUCUCGAACGACCACAACCAACAAUCGGGUGGUGGCCCGGGCAACCAACAACACGGGGCGGCUCCAGGCGCUGGCCAGCAGCAGGGUGGUCCGGGUGCCGGGUGCUUCGGCAACGAAGCGUCACAGGCCGAGCUGAACUACUACGCGGCGCAGCGCCAUCACGGUGGCCCACAGGGCGCCAUGCUGCCUCCGCCGGGUUUCGCGCCGCUGCACCACUAUCUGAACAAGAAUGGCGUCCUGCCGGUCGGUAUGCCCGGUGGUGGCGGAGGUGGUGGAGGCGGUCCCAGCCUAGACCAAUCGGCGACUGGCGGAGGUCCCCUGGAGCAGCAGUACGGUAUGCCGGAUCUACUGCAUGCCGGCGCCAGUGCCACGGGCAGCCAGGCCACGGGCCAGCAGCAGCUACACCACUCGCCCACGAACGGCGUCAUAGCGCCGAACGGUGCCGGGGGCGGUGGAGUGGGGCCGCCCGGGCCCACCGGUGGCCAUUCGUCCAAGUCGAAAAACUCCGACCUGCGGUUGUUCAAGUGUUUGACGUGCGGGAAAGACUUCAAGCAGAAGAGCACGCUGCUGCAGCACGAGCGCAUCCACACCGACUCCCGGCCGUACGGGUGUCCGGAGUGUGGCAAGCGCUUCCGGCAGCAGUCGCACCUCACGCAGCACCUGCGGAUACACGCGAACGAAAAACCGUUCAGCUGCGCGUACUGCCCGCGCAGCUUCCGCCAGCGGGCCAUCCUCAACCAGCACAUCCGCAUUCACUCAGGUGAUAAGCCCUUCGGAUGCCCGUAUCCGGAAUGCGGCAAAAAAUUUCGUCAAAAGGCCAUAUUGAACCAACAUGUGCGCACCCAUCAAGAUGUGUCUCCGCAUUUGAUCUUCAAGAACGGGCCGCACGCCACGCUGUGGCCCCAGGAUGUGCCGUAUCCGCCGGAGCUGGAGAAUGCCCAGCCGAAGGACGAGCAGCCGUUCGGUGACGAGGCGUCGCAGGGUGGUGGCGCUGGCGAGUCGCGCGGUUGCUUCUCGCCCGAAAACUAUCCGGCCUACUUCAAGGAUGGCAAGGGCGUGAACCACUCGAUCUUCGGCAACAAUCUGCAGUAUCUGAACAAGGCGACCGGCGGCGGCGGCAAGGCGAUGCUACCGGAUGUGAUCCAGCACGGUCGGUCGGCCGGCAUGCCGCUGUACGUGCGGUGUCCGAUCUGCCAGAAGGAGUUCAAACAGAAGAGCACCCUGCUGCAGCACGGUUGCAUCCACAUCGAGUCGCGCCCGUACCCGUGCCCCGAGUGUGGCAAGCGGUUCCGCCAGCAGUCGCACCUGACGCAGCACCUGCGCAUCCACACGAACGAGAAGCCGUUCGGUUGCAUGUACUGUCCGCGGUUCUUCCGUCAGCGCACCAUUCUGAAUCAGCACAUUCGUAUCCACACGGGCGAGAAGCCGUACCGGUGUGGCCAGUGCGGCAAGGACUUCCGGCAGAAGGCCAUCCUCGAUCAGCACACCCGCACGCACCAGGUAGGUGAUCGACCGUUCUGCUGCCCGAUGCCGAACUGCAGGCGCCGCUUCGCCACCGAGCAGGAGGUUAAGAAACAUAUCGACAACCACAUGAACCCGCAUUCGUCCAAGUCGAGAAAGCUGGCCAACCAAAUGGCUGCCGCCGCCGCCAACAGCAACAACAACAACAAUAACAACAGCAGCAACAAUAACAAUAACAACAGCAACAACAACAACAACAACAAUGCCCCCGGAACCAACGGGAACGCGGCCACGAACAAUAACAAUAACAACAGCAACAAUAACAACAACAACAAUAACAACGGCAACAAUAACAACAACAACAACAACGGUAUUAUCGAGCAGAAGGUGUCGCCCACGUUCCUGAUGGCGGCAGCGGACAAGCAGAACCAGCUCAUCCAGCGGAUGGCGCCGGUCAAGCACGAGCUGUACUUCCCGCAGUGCUACGGCCCACCGUUCAAUCAGUCGUUCGCGGCAGGCGCCGCGGCCGUCGCGGCAGCCAACGCCAACUCGGCCGCCGCUGCAGCAGCCGCUGCCGCGGUCGCCUCCGUCGCCUCGUCUAAUCCGGCCAACCAGCAGCAGCAGCAAUCGGCCGGUCUGGGUGGAGCCGGUGGUCCUCCCCAGCAGCAGCAACAACAACAGCCCCCGCCACCGCCCCCACCGCACGUCCCGGUCACAUCGGUGCCACCGGUUUCGGCAGCCACCGGCGCGGCCGCUGCCAUCGUGGCCACCCCGCAAGCCGUCGUGGCACAGUGA